AUGUCAACAUUCAUUGAUGUCUCUAUCAGUCUGUUCAUAAAUGCGAGUACUCCACAAGAUAGCCCUUGCGUCUCUGUGGCUUUACUGCCUUGCUUGGGGCAAACUCUUAAAAAAAAAAAUCUAUCUAUCUAUCUAUCUAUCUAUCUAUCUAUCUAUCUCUCAGCGUAUCUAUCUAUCUAUCUAUCUAUCUCUCAGCGUAUCUAUCUACCUACCUACCUAUCUCUCAGCGUAUCUAUCUACCUACCUACCUAUCUCUCAGCGUAUCUAUCUAUCUACCUACCUACCUAUCUCUCAAGCCACAUCUAUCUACCUACCUACCUAUCUCUCAGCGUAUCUAUCUAUCUACCUACCUAUCUCUCAUUGUAUCUAUCUAUCAACCUACCUAUCUCUCAGCGUAUCUAUCUACCUACCUAUCUCUCAGCGUAUCUAUCUAUCUACCUACCUAUCUCUCAGCGUAUCUAUCUAUCUACCUACCUAUCUCUCAGCGUAUCUAUCUAUCUACCUACCUAUCUCUCAGCAUAUCUAUCUACCUACCUAUCUCUCAGCGUACCUACCUACCUACCUACCCAUCUCUCUCAGCCGAUAUCUAUCUAUCUAUCUACCAUACCUAUCUCUCCAUCUCUCAUCAUAUCCUACCUAUCUCUCAGCGUACCUACCUACCUACCUACCUAUCUAUCUACCUACCUAUCCAUCAAUCUGCAUAUCUACCUAUUUAUCUGCAUACCUACCUAUUUAUCUGCAUACCUACCUAUUUAUCUGCAUAUCUAUCUAUCUAUCGUAUUGAUACAGAAGACAGGACAAGAUAGAGCUCAGUAA